AUGAAUGAGCCAGGAGCCCUGGAGAGCACUGGUGGUGUUGGGAUCACAGGCAGAUCCCUUCCCUCCAGCCACCAGAUCCAUGCUGGAUGUCUGCCUCCUUCCUGGGAUUCGAUCCGGAUCCCCGGUGAUCGCGUCGGUCGCGUGGACCUGAUGGCCAACGAGGUUCUGCACGUCACCAAACACCUGAGGAACAUUGACAGGAGAUUCCAGAACUUCCGGGAGCUCUUCCAAAAAGGAGAAGUUAUUUCAGCUUCUGUCCAAGCCAAAAUGUCUGAUUUACUACAAGCCAUCUCCUCCUUCCUGAAGACGUAUCCUGCUUUGCCCAGGGAUGCCAUCCAACCUGCCAUAUCAACUCUUAUCACCAACAUCAACGGUCUUGACAAUCAAGAGAGGACACCUGAAAAUAAGAAGAGGUACAGUGAGAUAUUCCGCAGCCUGGAUGCCAUCGAAAUCUCAAUCGGAAACGCGACAGUUGAUAUGUUCAUUGGUGAUGCUGACAGCACUGAGGACACAGACCUGGCUGCAGAGAGAGAAAUCAUUCCGUUGAGUGAAAGUUUCUCCAAGAGCAAAACCAGUUCAGAGACACGAGUGCAGGCAGAUAUAACAGUUCAGGAAGCGGAUGAAAUGCUGAUAAAAUGCGAAGGUGGCAUCGAUGCAGCCCUGGAAUAUGCCAAAAUGUGGUGUAAAUAUGUCAAAGAACUUCUCAGCUGGAUUGAAAAACGUCUGAGCUACGAGACAGAAUUUGCCAAAGGGAUGGUGAAAAUCGCCGAAUCGGGACGAAACGCCAUCUUCCAACAGUACAACAUGCCGCUCCGGGCGCUCUAUACAAUGGUCCUGGAACAUGAUAUAAAGGUUGGAAAUUCAGCUAGUGAGACUGUGGGAUUACUCCAGCAAAAGGAAUUCUACCAGCCUCUGUCAGCCAAGAAGAAUGAAAUUGAGAAAUGGAGGAAAGAAUUAAAAGAUCAGUGGACAAAGGAACAAAAGAGAAUGAAUGAAUCCUUGUCAUCCCUACGCAAGUCCCGCCUGCAAUACCUACAGCGUUGCGAGGAGCUGGAGAAAGCAAAGCAUUUGAGUGCCAAGGCAGAGGAUGAAUAUCAGAGCACAGCCAUCACCAACCCCGGCAGCGCCAACAAGCAGCUGGAGAAGCGGCGGCGUUCGUGCGAGGAGGCACAAGCCAAGGUUCAGGAAACAGAAGCUUUGUACAAGAUGUGCAUCAGCGACGCCAAUUUUCGACGGCAAGAGCUGGAGAGGGCGCGAGCACGGAUCGUCUCCCACAUCCGGAAGCUCAUUUACCAAGGGGACGAGGUGUUGACCUGG